AUGCAACGGCGAGUACUGUUGUUUUUCUCGCUCCUCUGUGUCGGCUCAGUGUUCGGGCAGGUCAGCUACUCCAUUCCCGAAGAAAUGCCAAAAGGUUCUCUGGUAGGAAACAUGGCAAAAGAUUUUGGCUUAGAUGUAAAGAGACUAAAAUCGGGUAAGGCUCGCAUUUUCACUCGAGACAGUGACGGAUAUAUUGAGCUGAAUAACGAAAGAGGAGUCCUCCUCAUCAAAGAGAGAAUAGACAGAGAGGCGCUCUGUGGACAAACGACGCCCUGUGCUCUGCAUUUUCAGAUUAUUUUAGAGAAUCCGAUGGAAUUUUACAGUGUGACUGUUGAGAUCACAGACGUUAAUGAUAACCCACCGACAUUUGAUAAGACCGACGUGAAAUUUAAAAUUAGUGAAUCAGCUGUUAGUGGGGCUAAAUUCAUUUUGGAUCGUGCAGUUGAUCCUGAUGUUGGAUUGAAUGGAUUGCAAACGUAUAAACUUGAACCCACAGACAAUUUUGUAGUUAAAUUACACGAUCAAGCAGAUGGGACGAAAAAUGUCGAGAUGGUGCUAGAGAAACCUCUAGACAGAGAAAAAAACGAACGCCUAUCUCUGAUUCUGACGGCGGUGGAUGGAGGAGAGCCGCAGAUGUCAGGAACAAUGCAGAUUCUGAUCACUGUCUUAGACGCUAAUGACAAUGCUCCGGUUUUUACACAGCCUAUUUAUAAAGCCUCUAUCAAAGAAAACUCCCCUGUAGGCACAGCUGUCGUGACUGUAACUGCUACGGAUAAAGAUAAAGGAUCUAAUGGGAAAAUAACUUAUUCAGUUUCAAGCAUAUUAGAUCAUGCUCGCGGGUUAUUUGAAGUAAAUGAUGAAAAUGGUGAAAUCCGGCUAAAAGGACAUGUUGACUACGAAAAAGCUCGAUCCUUUCAGAUAAACAUAAGAGCAAGUGAUGAUGGAGGACUGGUUGACGCCUGUAAGGUGAUUAUUGAUGUAAUUGACAUAAAUGACAAUAAACCCGAUAUUAUAAUAAUGUCGAAAUCAAACAUCAUAUCAGAAGAUGCCAAGCCCGGUACUGUAGUUACAAUGAUUAAUAUUGAAGAUGCAGAUUCCGGUGAAAACGGCAAGGUGGAGUGCUUCAUAAAUGAAAAUAUUCCUUUCGUGAUGAAAUCGACAUCAAAUAGUUUCUAUAGUUUAGUGACAGACAGUGAUUUAGACAGAGAGAUUGCGUCUCAGUAUAACAUCACAGUGACGUGCUCUGAUGAGGGAGUGCCCUCCCUCUCCAGCAGCGUCACUCUCACCUUACAGAUCUCUGAUGUGAAUGACAACGCGCCUGUCUUUGAGAGGAGCUCAUAUGAGGCCUACAUUGUAGAAAACAACACACCAGGCCUCUCUGUAUUCACAGUGAAAGCCACAGACGCUGACUGGAACCAGAAUGCCCGUGUUUCUUACAUCCUGGAGGACUCCUCUGUGAACGGAGUGCCAGUCUCCUCAUAUGUGUCCGUUAGUGCUGAUAGUGGAGUCAUCCAUGCAGUGCGCUCUUUAGACUACGAGCAGAUCAAAUACUUCCAGUUCCGCGUCAAGGCUCAGGAUGGAGGCUCCCCUCCACUCAGUAGCAACGUGACAGUGAAAAUGGUGAUCCAGGACCAGAACGACAACCCCCCUCAGGUCCUGUACCCGGUCCAGACUGGAGGCUCAGUGGUGGCUGAGAUGGUCCCUCGUGCAGCAGAUGUGGGCUAUCUGGUCACUAAAGUGGUGGCUGUUGAUGUGGACUCUGGACAGAAUGCCUGGCUGUCGUAUAAACUGCAGAAAGCCACAGACAGGGCGCUGUUUGAAGUGGGCUUACAGAAUGGAGAAAUCAGAACUAUCCGCCAAGUGAGUGAUAAAGAUGCUGUGAAACAAAGACUGACUGUUAUAGUGGAGGACAACGGGCAGCCGUCUCGUUCAGCUACAGUCAUUGUGAACGUGGCGGUGGCGGACAGCUUCCCUGAAGUGCUGUCAGAGUUCACUGACUUUACCCAUGACAAGGAGUACAAUGACAACCUGACUUUUUACUUAGUGCUGGCUUUGGCUGUAGUGUCCUUCCUCUUCAUCACGUGUUUGGUGGUUAUUAUCUCAGUGAAAAUCUACAGAUGGAGACAGUCUCGUGUCAUGUAUCACUCCAAUCUUCCUGUGAUUCCAUAUUAUCCACCACGUUACUCAGACACUAUGGGCACAGGGACUCUGCCGCACGUGUACAAUUACGAGGUGUGCAGGACGACUGACUCCAGAAAGAGUGACUGUAAGUUCGGCAUAGCUGGUAGUCAGAACGUGCUGAUCAUGGACCCCAGCUCUACAGGGACCAUGCAGCGGAUACAGAGUGAGAAGAGCAUCCUGGACGAGCCAGACUCUCCUCUCGAGGUUAGAAUCUUUGGUAGAAACAGAGACCCCCAAAUGAAUGGGAUGUCAGCCUCUGCCUAUUUUUCAGUGAAUGCAGAGAGUGGAGAGAUACUUGCUGUGCGUUCUUUCGACUAUGAGCAGAUAAAAGAGGUCCAUAUCCGUGUCAAGGCGCAGGAUGGAGGCUCCCCUCCACUCAGUAGCAACGUGACAGUGAAAAUAGUGAUCCAGGACCAGAACGACAACCCCCCUCAGGUCCUGUACCCAGUCCAGACUGGAGGCUCAGUGGUCGCUGAGAUGGUGCCUCGUGCAGCAGAUGUGGGCUACCUGGUCACUAAAGUGGUGGCUGUUGAUGUGGACUCUGGACAGAAUGCCUGGCUGUCGUAUAAACUGCAGAAAGCCACAGACAGGGCGCUGUUUGAAGUGGGCCUACAGAAUGGAGAAAUCAGAACUAUCCGCCAAGUGAGUGAUAAAGAUGCUGUGAAACAAAGACUGACUGUUAUCGUGGAGGACAACGGGCAGCCGUCUCGUUCAGCUACAGUCAUUGUGAACGUGGCGGUGGCGGACAGCUUCCCUGAAGUGCUGUCAGAGUUCACUGACUUUACACACGACAAGGAGUACAAUGACAACCUGACUUUUUACUUAGUACUGGCUUUGGCUGUAGUGUCCUUCCUCUUCAUCACGUGUCUGGUGGUUAUUAUCUCAGUGAAAAUCUACAGGUGGAGGCACGAGCGUGUGUUUUAUAAAUCCAGUGGGAAUCUUCCGGUCAUUCCGUAUUACCCGCCCCUUUACGCUGACGUGGGAGGCACCGACAUGGGAUUUAUGGAACGAGGAAUAAUGCGGAACAAAUUGGCUGCAUGGCAGGUGUUUCUAUGGUGGCUUCAUUUCUUUCUCUUGUGGAUUACAAUAGACGGACAGACUCGUUACAGCAUACCGGAGGAGCUGAAACAGGGCUCUGUGGUAGGAAAUCUAGCCAAAGAUCUGGGAUUGGUUGUAUCUGAACUGUAUAGACGUAAGUUGCGGAUUACCUCUGAGGCUGGUAAGCAGUACUUUAGUAUAGACUUGGGGAAGGGAGAACUGGUGGUGAUUGAUAGGAUAGAUAGGGAGGAACUGUGUGGACAAAGACCCUCAUGUGUGUUGCCUUUGGAACUAGUAAUAGAUAACCCCCUACAGCUGCAUAGAGUAGAAAUUGAAAUCCAGGACACAAACGAUAAUUCUCCUAGUUUUCUCACAAAAGAGAAGGUGCUUAGUAUUGCAGAGCUGGUAAACCCAGGCGCGCGAUUUCCCUUGGAAAGUGCACAGGAUCCAGAUGUCGGUGUGAAUUCGGUGCGUUCUUACCUCAUAAGCAAAAAUGACAAUUUCAAAUUAACCAUAAAAAACCACAAAGACGGCAGAAAAAUCCCCGAACUAGUCCUUGAAAAACCUCUUGAUCGAGAAAAGCUGCCUGUGCAUAAUCUUAUUCUCACCGCUGUAGACGGUGGAGACCCGGCACGUUCAGGGACAUCUGAAAUUACAGUUGUGGUACUUGACAACAAUGAUAAUGCUCCACAAUUUGAUAGACAGCUGUAUGAGGCUAAUGUCAGCGAGGAGGCAACACCUGGAACCGAAAUAUUACAUGUUAAAGCUACAGAUGCAGACGAAGGACUAAAUGGAGAAAUUGAAUAUUUUUUUGCAGAGCAAACCACAGAUUUAAUUUUAUCACUGUUUGACAUCGUACCUGCCACUGGAGCAAUCGUUAUCAAAAGACACCUCGACCAUGAAACUAACUCCUUACAUAGAUUUGAUAUAACUGCUAAAGACAAAGGUAACCCAAAAAUGGAUGGACACUGUGGCGUCGAAAUUAAAGUAGUGGACAUUAAUGACAACAUUCCUGAAAUAAUUGUGACGUCUUUAACAACACCUGUUCCAGAGGAUUCUGCAAUAGGAACAGUUAUUGCAUUGAUAAGUGCAAAGGAUCCAGAUUCAGGUGAUAAUGGUAAGGUUACGUUGAGCUUGUCUUCAAAAUCCCCCUUUAGCUUAAAUCCAUCAGUCUCAAACCAUUAUUCAUUGGUGACAAAUGGGCCACUUGACCGUGAAAAGAAUGACCAAUACAGUGUAAAGAUAAGUGUAAUAGAUUCUGGGAAACCCCCAUUAUCAAGUGAAAAGUUGAUACUUGUUAAAUUGUUAGAUGUAAAUGACAACCCACCAGUUUUCUCCCAACCUAAUUAUGUUGUUUACGUGAAAGAAAAUCAUUCUCCAGGGAAGAUUUUGUGCUCAGUGUCAGCGUCUGAUCCUGAUUUGGGUGAAAACGCCAAAAUCUCUUACUCUAUACUGGACUCCAAAGUGCAGGACGUUUCUGUGUCCUCUUAUGUUUACAUUAACUCAGACAACGGCAGCAUCUACAGCAUGCAUUCGUUUGACUAUGAGAAACUGAAGGUGUUCCAGAUUCAGGUUCAGGCAAAGGAUCAGGGCUCUCCGUCUCUCAGCAGCAACGCCACUGUCCAUGUUUUUAUCCUGGACCAGAACGACAAUGCCCCCGCUGUUAUUUACCCCUCCUCCGCUGCCAUGGGCUCCCUCUCUCAUCAGAGGAUGCCCCGCUCCGCAAAAGCGGGUCACCUGGUUACCAAAGUCACUGCCGUGGACGCAGACUCGGGCCACAACGCGUGGAUCUCGUACAAAGUGGCCAAGGCCACAGACGCCUCUCUGUUCACUGUCAAUCUGUACACAGGGGAGGUGAGGACUAAACGCGCUGUGUACGAGCACGACGACUCCUCUCAGAGGCUGCUCAUAGAGAUCAAGGACGACGGGGAACCGGUCCAGUCCACCACCGUCACGGUGUCCAUCCUGAUGGAGGACGGCCUGCAUGAGCCCAUCUUAGACCUGCGACAUAAAGUCUCCGAGCCCAGCAAGAAAAAUGGCAGAAUCACCCUUUAUUUGAUCCUCUCUCUGGCCUCGGUGUCCGUGUUGUCUGUGGUGACUUUUCUCAUCUUAACGGUGAAAUGCAUCAGGAACAGCAGAAGCAGCGCUAGUUGCUGCACGAGUCGGAGCGACUGUGACGAUUACAAGAACCCCAACAGAAACCUGCAGAUUCAGCUGAACACUGAUGGACCUAUAAAGUACGUGGAGGUUCUGGGAGGAGACAUGUUGUCUCAGAGUCAGUCGUUCAGGUCCUGUAUGUCUCCCAUGUCAGAGUACAGUGAUUUCACUCUGAUCAAACCCAGCAGCACCACUGACUUUAAGGAGGUCAUCAGUGUUCUGGAUGCGUCUUUACCUGACAGCACCUGGACCUUUGAGAGCCAGCAGGUGAGCAGACAAUGA